GAUGUAUUGGCUAUUUACAACAUGAGAAAAGAACAAAUUUUUACAAUCACAUGUGAUAAUGCAUCAAAUAUGGUUAAGUUAAGUAAAAUUGUAAAUAUGAAUGAUGAAUGUGAAGCUGAAGCACCACAUAUUGAAGAGGAUUUGAUUAAUUUUGUGGAUUCAGAAGACAAUGAGAGUGAUGAUGAAUAUGCCAUUGAAGACGGAACAUUACUAUCAACAAAUGAUAUAGUAAAUCAACUUUUCAAUGAAGAAGUUGAUGAUCAUGGUUGGUUUUUAAAACAUAAUAGUAUUUUUUAUUUGUUUUUUUCUGUUCGUAAUUCAAAUAAUAAUAUAUUGUAAUUUAAUUUAUAUCUAGAUAACUUACAAGAAAUUAUUGUUGCUGCUAUGGAACCUAAAUCUAUAACAUCCUGUAUUAGAUGCUCUGUACACUCGUUACAAUUGUGUGUACUUGGUGGUAUAAAAUCAGCAGCUAUAUCUAAUUGCAUUCCCAAAGCUAGAGAGAUUGUAAAGAAACUAAGAACUCCCAAAUAUGCAUGUUGGCUGAAAAGGAAAAAUUUAAAAUAUGCAAUUAUCGAUAUUGAGACCAGAUGGAACUCAAUGUAUAACAUGCUCUAUAGGUUAUUAGAACUCAAAGAAUUCUGUUUGUCACAUGAGGAGACUAACUCAGACCUACAUCUAAAAAACUGUGAAUGGGAGUCUAUACAAAGUGUUGUUAGUUAAUUAUUUAAUUAUAUUAAUUUCUAAAAUAUUAAUUAUCUUCUUUUAAUCAUAAAUAUACUUAUUUUGGGUGCC